AACAACAUAGAAAGUGUCUCUCAGACCGGCCGAGACACGAGUACAACUAGACUGAACAGUUUCCACCGGACAACAACAGCUUUUUGGGUUAUUUCAUUCACGGAUUGUUCUUGGACGUCAGAUUUUUUCACGUCUACUGCAUCGUUUUCACACUUCAUCAUGAGCAGCAACUGUUCCUUCAAAGAGGUGGACAACAUGAUGAAAUACGUGGAGUUGAUCAUCUACAUCCCCAUAUUCCUCUUUGGGAUGGCUCUAAACAUUUUAGCUCUGUGGGAGUUUUGUGGGCGACUGAAGAAAUCUACCGAGUCGACCAUCUACAUGACAAACUUGGCUCUGAUGGAUCUGCUCCUCCUCCUCCCACUUCCCUUCAAAAUGCACGCUGCAUACAACUUGUGGCCCCCCGAGCUCCUGCAGUUCUGCUCCAUCCUGGAAAACCUCUAUUUCGUGGGGAUAUACGGCAGCAUCUACACCAUCAUGUGCAUAGCAGCAGAUAGAUGGUUGGCGAUCUGCUACCCCUUCAAAGCCAAGCUGCUGCGCUCCCACAAAGCUGCCCGUAUCAUCUGCGUGGGGGUCUGGGUGGUGGUGUUCUCCGCAAUCUUUCCCAUCAUCCACAGCUUCAAGGAGGGCAGAGACGAGGGGAACUUCAGCUGCUUCCACAGGUUUUCAGAGAACAGGUGGAAUCCCUCCGUCAUCGUCUGCCUGGAGGUGUUUGGCUUCCUCGGGCCUGCGCUGGUGAUCAUCUACUGCUCCGUUCAAACAAUCUGUGCACUGCAGCAAUCUGGCAAGACGAGCUCGCAGUGCCAAGCCUGCGUGAAGAUCAUCUACAGCAGCCUGGGCGCCUUCCUGGUGCCGUUCACCCCGAGUCACCUGGCCAUUCUGCUGCAGUUUCUGGUCCACCAAGGGAUGAUCAGUGACUGCAGUUCCAUGACAAAGAUCAGCCUCUUCCUGCAGGUGACCAUGUGUCUGUCCAACAUCACCUGCUGCCUGGACGCUGUGUGUUACUACUUCGCUGCUCGAGAGGCGAGGAGCCUCAAGCCGUCAUUCAGGAUCUCAUUGACCAGAGAAAGGAAACACACCUUCAGUACAUCUGAAGUCUGAGCUCCAUUGCACACUCUCUACCUUGUAUAUACCUUUUUUUCUCUUGUCAUGGUAUGAAGCUUAAAAAAGAACUGGCAGUUGAUGAGGAAGUGUUGCAUGCAGUGACAGAAUGGCAGCGCUGCAGUAGGCAGCAGUUUAGUCUGAUUAACUGCUGAUGUGAAGGUAAAACGACGUGUUUUGACCCAGCAGCAGGAAGCAAUGAAGCAAAGAUGCCACAAUGAUACGCUAAGCCAAGCAAGGGCUGCACAGAAGGAAAGCCACAGUGAGGCGUUUGUUUUUUAGAAGAGUUGAAGCUGGAGGCGUUCUCAUCUCUCCUGCAAAAACUCAUUUAAAUUGAAUUUAAAAUGGUUGCAAAUAAUUUGAAUUACAAGUUAAAAUGGUACUUUAAUUUGAAAGAUUUUGAGAACCUUUUGUCUUAAUUUAUUAUGUUUAGUUCUUUUGGUUUUCUAGGUUAAUCAUUUAAAAAAACUAGAAAAAAUGUUAUUUCUACCCAUUAAUUCAUAGUUUUGUUUAUUUAUUUCUUUUUUUUGGUCAUCAAUUUUUGUUUUUAAAUAAUACAAACUUUCAAUCUGGUUUAACAAAAGUUUAGAGCACAUCAGUUUACAAAAAAAAGUAAAAUUGACUUGUAUUAACGUGAAUUAUUUUAAAUAUUUUUUAAAAUGUAUUUAAUGCAAGAGUAAUUGUUUUUGUGCGUUUCCUUUUCACAGAGAUUACCAUCCUUCACUGCUUUAUUCAUAAAGAAAGUGUGUGGGUUUAAUGAUUCAUGAAGACAAACACUGUCUGUUCUUAGUGUCAUUCCACUGUUUAUUUGUAUUUUUAAAAGUGUUAUUUUUUUGUAAUUUUAAACUUCCUUUUGUCAUUUUAAAAUUGUGCAAUAUAUAUUUUUGACACAGUUUGAGCUCAGCUGUAAACAGCUGUUGCUCUAAAAGUGAAAACUACACCAUUUUCUUUCUUAAUGUUAACUAUUUCAAACCUAACUGUAAAUACAUUAUAUUUGAACUUGAUUAAGCUGAACAGUAAAUACACUGUGAAGUUUUUUUUUUUUUAUAAAAGAAACAUUUUAGCUUCGACUGGAAACUCUUCAGUUAAAUGUGAAAGCGUCCUCUGUUACAGUUUUCGGUUUGCAUGUUUCUUAUCUUUACUGACUUUUAGAAAUUAUUUUUUUUCCUUUGGUUUUUAAUUACGUUUUCCACUUUUUGUACAAAAAAAUAAAAUUUCAAACAAAAGAACUGACAUCUGAAUUAAAAAAAAAGAAUUUAAUUGAAACAUGACUUUAUAUAUUUUUUUUUAAAUGCUCUGUAAAUGUAUAGAAACACUUUUGGUUAUUAAAACAGAGUUGCUUGCUUCAUCUGUUGUGUUUUCAAACUGUGGUGAGAUUUAGCCCUGGACAUGACACUGAAAAAAAAAGAACUUGUUCCCUCAAAUUAGAAUUUUUUUUUCCUUAAAAAAGUUAGUAUUUUUUACACACAAGUUAUCAACUUGUGUGCAAAAAAGGCUACUUUGUGUGCACAAAAUGCAGAUGCAACAAAAGUUGUGCUUUGUGCACACUUUUUGCGCACCAAAUACUAAUAAAAAGCCCAUUUGUUUUCUU